UGUGAAGAGUACGAAUGACCAAGCGGUUUUAGCAAAAAUUAUUGACACUUACUUGCAUGCCAUUGCAAAACGUCAAGUUUUAGUAAAACUGCGUAAAAGGUAAACAAAAAUAAUUUCAGCAGAGCUCAAAAUCCUUGUGUGAAAAUUUAGUAAAUUGAGCACUGUUAUCCAUGGAUUCCAAUUUAGACACACUGUGCAAAGAGAUUAUGGACAGUCCCAACACUGAAGGAUGUUUGCUAGCAAACGGGCAGGGAUUGUGCAUCCAAGCCAGAGGCAAAGCCGCUUCUCCAGAGUCUUCUGGCAUCCUGGUAGCCUUGUCGGAGCAAGCUUCAAAAUUGGAACCAAAUAGCAAGCCCCCCACAAUCAUUUUGGACUACAGUGAUAUGACGUGCUUUAUUCAAAAACAUGGUGUCACCACAGCAGUCUAUCGGAAAAAGAAGUAAAAUAUAGCGUUGUUCAAGAGAGAGGUAAAAUCACACUUUUGUAUAAGUUAUUCUGAGCCGCUGCAGUUUUUUCGUGGCAAAGAUUGAACAUGUAAAAAUUAGCUUCAUGGUGAGAAGAAUAAAACAUAUAAGGAGGUA